AUGGAUUUCCAAGCGGAAUCAGACGCAAUCAAAUGCCGUGCCUUUCAGAUCGCGCUUACUGGCAACGUGCGAUUGUGGUAUCGGAGACUGCCAGCCAGGUCGAUCUCGACCUACUCUCAGCUGAGAAGGGAGUUCCUCGCCCAGUUCUAUUCUCGGCAUUAUGACAAAAAGACAGCGACCCAUCUCGCCACCAUCAAACAGAAGGAGGGUGAGACGCUGCGAGAAUAUGUCACUAGAUUCCAGGAGGAGCAAUUGAAGGUCGCACACUGCUCCGAUGACUCGGCCAUGUGCUAUUUUCUCACCGGUCUAGCCGACGAAGCCUUCACGGUGAAACUUGGAGAGGAGGCCCCGGCCACCUUCGCUGAGGUGCUUCAGAAGGCGAAGAAAGUCAUCGAUGGACAGGAGCUCCUCCGAACCAAAACCGGCCGACCAGAACGAAAGAUCGGCCGGGGCAGAAGUGGAAAAGAUAUAGAAAAGGCAGAUCCCAAGUCCAAGGACAAGGGAUCCUUCUCCAGUGGCCGAGCUGAGUAUCGAAGGGCGGAAAACGGACCUACCAGGAGCCGACCUUAUGAACGCUUCACCCCGAUCACGAUUCCAAUUUCCGAGAUCCUAACRAACAUCGAGGAGUCUGGAAUGGAAAAACUCCUCAAACGUCCUGAGAAGCUUCGGGGAGCCCCGGAGAGGCGCAGCAAGGACAAGUAUUGCCGCUUCCAUCGGGAGCACGACCAUAACACGUCGGAUUGCUGGGAAUUGAAGCGCCAAAUUGAGGAUCUAAUUCAAGAUGGAUACUUCAAGAAAUUUGUGGGGAAGCCCGGCACCAGCUCGGCAGAAAAAAAGGAAGAUAAGAGGCGUUCGCGGACGCCGCCCCGGUGA